GAAACUUUCGUGAAUUUUGAUUCUGAUAUAGCAUCAAAAAGAAAAAGGAAAAAAAAAAAAAGAACGAAAGAAGAAGAUAUAUUCAUAUGGCGCUUUAUAAUGGCGGAGGUUGUUUUAGUGUUUGAAUGAUGGCCUCUUUAUCUCCCGUGGCGAAUUUGGGAAGUGUGAAUAUGUUUUCUUUAGGUAAUUACAAUGGUUCUUUCUGUUUGGGUACGAGGUUCUUUUUUCCUGGGGAUGGGAUUCGUUCGAAAAGUUCUUGGAAAUGCAAGCACUUGAGGUAUAUCGGUGUUUGUAGAUAUUCCGUGCCGGCAAAUUACGUCGAGAAGGGGAAUCCCUUAUCUCAUAAUUCUACAUAUAGAGGUAGUAGUAAUAGUAGUAGUAGUAGAAGUAGUAGUAGUAGUAGCACCAAUAGAGUUGAUGACAUGGAUAAAUUUAUCAGAGUAGCGCAAAAGCCAUUGUUGAAAUCGAGGUCUAAAGCAGACCCACUUCUCGAUAUGCCUUGGGGAGAAUCGAAACUCAAUGGGAGUUUCGAAAAUGGGACGUUGAGUGACAACAGGGAAGAUGAGAAAAGUAAGGUGAUAGAGUCACUAGGUGACAUUUUGGAGAAAGCAGAGAAAUUAGAGACCAGUAAAGAGGUAAAUGGCCCGUUAAAUUCAAACAAACACUCAGUAAAUCAAAUGGCAAGCGAGAACAAUGGUCAAGCCAUUAAUUCAGUGGGAAGGUUGAGACGAAGGAAAAAAACUAUGAAAAGUGUGUGGCGUAAGGGAAAUCCAGUGGCUAUUAUACAGAAAGUCGUCAAAGAACCUCUAAGACAGGAACCUUCUUCUGCUAUACAACCUCACCAGCCGCCUCAGAAAGUCGAACCAAAAUUACAAUCCAGGCCCUCUUUAGCUUCACCACCGUCUAACAAGAAACCUGUUGUUUUAAAGGAUGCAAAUCAUCCCCCUGUCGCUAGCAAAAGUGACCUGGCAGAAGUAAAAAUAGAACGAAAGCCAAUUCUAGUCGACAAGUUUGCCUCCAAGAAACCUGUGGCCGAUUUUUCAGCGCCUCCCAAACCGGGGAAAGGGCCCAUUUUGAGAUCCAAAAACGAGUUUCGAAAAAAGGGUGGCCCGUCCGAAGGACCUCGCAGGCGUUUGUAUGACGAUAAUAAUGAUGCUUGUGUAGAGGAUACAUCCGAAGUAAGGCGAAAAGGUAGGAAAUGGAGUAAGGCAAGCCGGAAGGCCGCUAGGCUACGGGCGGCAAGGGAAGCUGCCCCAGUUAGAGUGGAAAUAAUGGAAGUUGAUGAGGAAGGCAUGUUGACUGAUGAGCUGGCUCACAAUUUGGCCGUAAGUGAAGGCGAGAUUCUUGGGUAUUUGGAUUCUAUGAGGAUUAGGCUUGAUGGGGUGCAGAAACUGAGUAAGGAUAUUGUGAAGAUGGUAUGUAGGGAGUAUGAGGUGGAGGUUAUCGAUGCUGUGCCCUUGAGAGUGGAGGAUAUGGCCAAAAAGAAGAAGAUUCUCGACGAGGAAGAUUUGGAUAAGUUAGAAGAGAGGCCUCCUGUUUUGACCAUAAUGGGACAUGUGGAUCAUGGAAAGACGACGCUAUUGGAUUAUUUACGAAAGAGCAAGGUGGCUGCAGGUGAAGCUGGUGGAAUUACACAAGGAAUUGGGGCUUAUAAGGUUCAAGUACCUAUUGAUGGGAAAAAACAAACGUGUAUUUUUCUUGAUACCCCUGGACAUGAGGCAUUUGGAGCAAUGAGAGCACGUGGAGCUCGGGUGACAGAUAUAGCUGUCAUUGUAGUUGCAGCUGAUGAUGGGAUAAGGCCUCAAACGAAUGAGGCUAUUGCUCAUGCUAAAGCUGCAGGGGUGCCGAUUAUUGUAGCUAUAAAUAAGAUAGAUAAGAAUGGAGCUAAUCCUGAUCGAGUCAUACUAGAUCUUUCAUCAAUUGGUCUUAUGCCUGAAGAAUGGGGUGGAGAUGUACCUAUGGUUAAGAUAAGUGCUCUUAAAGGGGAUAAUGUCAAUGAUUUGUUGGAAACCAUCAUUCUUCUCGCUGAGUUGCAAGAACUGAAAGCGAAUCCGAAUAGGAAUGCUAAAGGAACAGUGAUUGAAGCUGGUCUGGAUAAAUCCAAGGGACCUGUAGCUACAUUCAUUGUACAAAAUGGAACACUCAAAAGAGGAGACAUAUUAGUUUGUGGUGAAGCUUUCGGAAAGGUUCGGGCUCUGUUUGAUGAUAACGAAAAACGUGUCGAUGAAGCUGGGCCAUCUAUUCCAGUACAGGUUAUUGGACUAAAUAAUGUUCCUUUAGCUGGUGAUGAGUUUGAGGUUGUUGGCUCACUUGAUAUUGCUCGAGAAAAAGCAGAAUCACAAGCUGAGUAUUUGAGGAACGAGCAUAUAGCAGCAAAAGCCGGUGAUGGGAAAGUUACGCUUUCUUCUUAUGCUUCUGCUAUUUCAUCCCGAAAAACUGCCGGAAUAGAUUUACACCAGCUCAGUAUCAUAUUGAAGGUCAAUGUUCAGGGUUCCAUUGAGGCUGUCAAACGAGCUCUACAGGUACUUCCGCAAGAUAACAUCACUCUUAAAUUCUUACUGCAAGCAACUGGGGAUGUGAACAGAAGUGAUGUCGAUCUUGCUGUGGCAAGUAAAGCUAUUAUUUUUGGAUUUAAUGCUAAAAUAUCUGGUUCGAUUAAGAGCUAUGCGGAUAGCAAAAAUGUUGAGAUUCGGUUGUACAAAGUUAUCUACGAACUUAUUGAUGACAUGCGAAAUGCAAUGGAGGGGCUCUUGGAUCCUGUUGAGGAACGAGUGCCAAUAGGUUUGGCAGAAGUACGGGCCGUGUUCAGUAGUGGCAGUGGCCGAGUUGCAGGUUGCAUGGUAACUGAGGGUAAAGUGGUCAAAGACUGUGGUAUUCGGGUAAUAAGAAAACGAAAGGAAGUUUACGCCGGCAUACUUAGUUCCUUGAGACGGGUAAAGGAGAUUGUGAAUGAGGUAAAUGCUGGAUUAGAGUGUGGUAUUGGUAUAGAGGAUUUUAAUAACUGGGAAACGGGUGAUAUUAUCGAGACCUUUAACACAGUGCAAAAGAAAAGAACUCUGGAAGAAGCAUCUGCUUCUAUAUCAGCCACACUUCAAGAACGAGGGGUACAAUUGUGAAAUUCCCGUCGAUAAAGUUACUUUAAUAGCUCGAAAACUAGAAUUUCCAACAAAGUUUGGCCAAAUUUUGAGGAACACAACUUCCGCGAAAUCAUAAAAACGAGCACAAAUGCGGGUAGUUGAUCGGGGCAAAGAGAGAAAGAAAAAGGGUCACAUGAAGUUCUAAGGUGAGUUGUGUUGUCAUGUAGCUUUUUUUUCUUGGCAGAUGUUUUUCAGAGCAAGCUUAUAUGUAUGGAUCUCAAACAAUUGUAUGUUCCAAUUUUCCAGCAAUUUGAUUGAUAUGGUAAAGUGUUUUUAACUAAAUUGUAUUUGGUUGUAGCUUCUUGUUCUAGAUAGUGUGAUUGAAAACUUAA